CACGUUGGAGAUGCUGUUAGGUUUUUGUUACCGACACGGAGUCGAAAACUCGGGUCGGACUUGCCCACUUUAAAACAAAAGCCAGAAAGCCUGGAACAUUGAAGCACAUUUCUCUUUGCCUGUUCUACAAGCUAAUAAACUCUGCAAAAACCCGAACCUCCGUUACUCACCGAUCUUCGAAGCUCCAAACCUUUUCCGCCAUGCUUAACGUGAGUGUAAAAUGGCAAAAGGAGCUGUUGAAAGCUGUGGAAAUUGAUACUACUCAGCCACCUUAUGUAUUUAAAUGCCAACUAUACGACUUAACAGGGGUACCUCCUGAAAGACAGAAGAUAAUGGUUAAAGGUGGUUUAUUGAAGGAUGAUGCAGACUGGUCGACUCUAGGAGUAAAAGACGGUCAAAAAUUGAUGAUGAUGGGGACAGCAGAUGAGGUUGUCAAGGCUCCAGAGAAGGCUAUUGUAUUUGCAGAAGAUCUCCCAGAAGAAGAACAAGCUCUUCACUUGGGUUAUGGUGCUGGUCUAUUUAACUUGGGAAACACCUGCUAUAUGAACUCCACCAUACAAUGUCUGCAUUCUGUUCCAGAGUUGAAAUCAGCUUUGAUCAAGUAUUCACAUUCUGGAAGAAGCAAUGAUGUGGAUCAGACUUCUCAUAUGUUGACUAUUACAACUCGUGAUUUAUUUAGUGAACUGGAUAAAAGUGUCAAGGCUGUGGCACCCAUGCAAUUUUGGAUGGUAUUGCGCAAAAAGUAUCCUCAAUUUGGUCAGCAGCAUAAUGGUACCUUCAUGCAACAGGAUGCUGAAGAAUGUUGGUCACAGCUUUUAUACACCCUUUCUCAAUCUCUAAGAUCGUCCGGUUCUAGUGAAAGUCCAGACUCUGUUAAAGCACUUUUUGGCAUUGAACUUGUUAGCAGGGUGCACUGCAUAGAAAGUGGGGAAGAAAGCUCAGAAGCAGAGUCAGUUUAUUCUCUGAAGUGCCACAUAUCACAUGAGGUGAACCAUUUGCAUGAAGGGUUAAAACAUGGUUUAAAAUCAGAACUGGAAAAAAAUUCUCCUUCCUUGGGGCGUAGUGCCAUCUAUGUCAAGGAGUCUCUUAUCAAUGGCCUUCCAAGGUACCUGACCAUUCAGUUUGUACGUUUUUUCUGGAAGAGGGAAUCAAAUCAGAAGGCCAAGAUUUUGCGGAAAGUCGAUUACCCUUUGCAAUUGGAUAUUUUUGAUCUGUGUUCAGAUGAUCUUCGCAAAACAUUGGAAGCUCCUCGUCAGAGACUGAGGGAUGAGGAAGGUAAAAAACUUGGUUUGAAACCCAGUGAAAAGAGCUCUGAUUCAAAAGACAAGGAUAUCAAGAUGUCUGAUGUGGAGGGAUCCUCAAACAGAAGUGGAGAAUCAUCUAAUCCUACAUCAGAUGAAGGUGCUAUGACUGGAAUUUAUGAUUUGGUUGCUGUGCUGACACACAAGGGCCGUAGUGCAGACUCUGGCCAUUAUGUUGCCUGGGUCAAGCAAGAAAGUGGGAAAUGGAUCCAAUAUGACGAUGACAAUCCCUACCCACAGAAGGAGGAAGACAUCACCAAACUCUCUGGAGGAGGUGAUUGGCAUAUGGCCUAUAUCUGCUUGUACAAGGCCCGUACCAUCCGCAUGUGAUAUUUUCCUUUACCUCAAUUGAAAUUGAAACACCCUUUCAGUUUACAUUUCACAGGGAUUAGAGUCUACACAACUGUAUCGUGUGCAAUUGAAAUUUGUCCCCAAUGUGUGUUACAAGGAAAAAUUCAUGGAAUUUUAGACGUUUUUUUAAUUAUGUAAGCAAAUUUAUUUGGUUUA